GACGAUAUCCGACCACGUUGAGACGCACGCGUCUCGCCCCGCCGCGUACGAUCGUAAACAUUCAUGUUAUAACUGAAAACGUAAAUAAUAACCUCGAAACUUUAAAGAAAACAAGCAAAAAGUGUUUGUGUGCAAUGUUGUAAAGUGCUAAGGAAAAUGGAUGACUGACGCGCAGUCCGACUGUCGACCAGGCAGUGAAAUGUUUACAUAUCCAGUGUACAUAUCGUAACCAGUUUAUAUAAAGUGUUCAAGUCAUAGGUAUAUGUUAGCCGAUGUACAUAUCGCAAGUGAACAUAUCGGAACUCAAAUUACACUUUGUGUACGUUUCGUAACCAGUGUUCAUAUCGUAAUAAGUGUACAUAUCGUAACUGGGCAAUCAUUAUUUUUAAUCGUAACCUAGCGCGUUUAAAUCGAAAUAAGUGUAAGUAACUGAUGAAACCAGUGUGUGUAUUACAUAACCAGUGCGUAAAUCGUAAUCAGUGACACCGUGUCGUUAUAAAAUUCUCGUAUCGUAACCAAAAAGUAUAGCAUAACAAUCGUGAUUGAUAGUGUAUCUAACGUAACUCGUAACCCAGUGUGUGUGUAACGUAACCAGUGUCGUAACUAGUGUAGUGUAAGUGUAGUGUAAGUGAAGAUGUCGGAGCGAUUUAAGGUGACGAAGUCGGAGGAGCCGGCUAAGGCGUACAAAAACUACGGGGCUACGUCGGCGGAGAGCGAUGUGGAGCUUAAGGGGAAGCUGCUUCCUGAUUCAGGCGACACCGACGAGCAUGGCCUGCCGAAAGACAAGGACAAGGGAUGCGACACCAACCUCUACCUCUACCAUGAGGAGAUCGAGGACCGUCCUCGGGCGGCGACGUUCCUCAGCUCGCUGGCGGACUACUCCAACACGAUCCCGACGGCGUCGGCGGCCGACCCCGACGCCGCCAAGCCCGCGCCGCCGGCGCGCAUGGGCACGCUCAUCGGCGUCUUCCUGCCCUGCAUCCAGAACAUCUUCGGCGUCAUCCUCUUCAUCCGCCUCACGUGGGUCGUGGGCACCGCUGGCGCUAUACAGGGCUUCCUGAUUGUGCUGGUGUGCUGUUGUACGACCAUGCUAACGGCAAUAUCGAUGUCGGCGAUAGCGACAAACGGCGUGGUGCCGGCGGGCGGGUCGUACUUCAUGAUCGGGCGGUCGCUCGGGCCCGAGUGCGGCGGCGCCGUCGGCAUGCUGUUCUACACGGGGACCACGCUCGCCGCCGCCAUGUAUAUCGUGGGUGCCGUGGAGAUCGUGCUAACAUACAUGGCCCCGUCGAUGUCCAUCUUCGGCGACUUCACGAAGGACCCGGACGCGAUGUUCAACAACUUCCGCGUGUACGGCACGGGGCUGCUGCUCGUCAUGGGGCUGGUGGUGUUCCUGGGAGUCAAGUUCGUCAACAAGUUCGCGACGGUGGCACUGGCCUGCGUCAUCCUGUCUAUUACCGCCGUAUAUGUUGGCAUCUUUGUCAACUGGAACGGGAAUGACAGCCUACAAAUGUGCGUUCUCGGCAAGCGUCUGCUGAAAGACAUCCACAUCAGCAACUGCACGAAGAAGGCGGGCGGUGAACUGGAGAAGAUAUUUUGCGCCAACAGAACCUGCGACGAGUAUUACAAGACUCAUGAUGUGCAAGUCGUCCAGGGCAUCAAAGGCCUAGCAAGUGGCGUGUUCUUUGACAACCUGCAAGACUCUUUUCUGACGCUGGGCCAGUACAUCGCGUACGGCAAGGAGCCCGAGGACAUCGAGCAGAUGGAGCGCCCCACCUACAACCAGGUCUACGCGGACAUCACCACCACCUUCACUAUACUCAUCGGCAUAUUCUUCCCGUCUGUCACUGGUAUCAUGGCGGGAUCGAACCGCUCCGGAGACCUGGCUGACGCCCAAAAAAGUAUCCCCAUUGGAACCAUUUGCGCCAUCCUAACCACCUCGACCGUGUACCUCUCAUGCGUGCUACUGUUCGCCGGCACUGUCGAUAACCUGCUGCUACGGGACAAGUUCGGUCAAUCGAUCGGCGGUAAGCUAGUAGUCGCCAACAUGGCGUGGCCUAACCAGUGGGUGAUCCUGGUGGGUUCGUUCCUGUCCACUCUGGGUGCAGGGCUGCAGUCCCUGACCGGCGCCCCGCGGCUGCUUCAAGCCAUUGCCAAAGAUGAGAUCAUCCCGUUCUUGGCGCCGUUUGCCGUGUCGUCUAGUCGGGGCGAACCUACAAGGGCCCUGCUACUAACAAUGGCGAUCUGCCAGUGCGGCAUCCUGCUCGGCAACGUGGACAUCCUGGCGCCGCUGCUGUCCAUGUUCUUCCUCAUGUGCUACGGGUUCGUCAACCUGGCCUGCGCGCUCCAGACACUGCUCAAGACGCCUAACUGGCGACCGAGGUUCAAAUACUACCACUGGUCGCUCUCACUGGCCGGUCUGACGCUCUGCAUCUCGAUCAUGUUCAUGACGUCGUGGAUCUUCGCACUCAUCGCCAUGGGCAUGGCUGGCCUCAUCUACAAGUACAUCGAGUAUCGAGGAGCGGAGAAAGAGUGGGGAGACGGUCUCCGUGGUCUCGCUCUCUCCGCCGCUCGCUACUCGCUCAUGCGGCUGGAGGAAGGCCCGCCGCACACGAAGAACUGGAGGCCGCAGGUGCUGGUGCUGGCCAAGCCCAACGACGACCUCACGCUCAAGUACCGCAAGAUGCUGUCCUUCGCCAGUCAGCUUAAAGCCGGCAAAGGAUUGACAGUAUGCGUGUCAGUCCUGGGCGGCGACUUCACGCGGCGCGCGGGCGAGUCCACCACGGCCCGGCAGAACCUGCGCCAGUGCAUGCUGGAGGAGAAGGUCAAGGGCUUCGCCGACACGCUGGUCAGCCACGACAUCGCCGAAGGCCUGAGCCAUGUCGUCCAAACCAUCGGCCUCGGCGGGCUGAAGCCCAACACGGUGAUCGUGGGCUGGCCGUACGGCUGGCGGCAGUCGGAGGACGAGCGCACGUGGCACGUGUUCCUGCACACCGUGCGCGCCGUAGCCGCGGCACGCAUGGCCAUGCUCGUGCCCAAGGGGAUCAACUUCUUCCCGGACUCCACUGAGAAGGUGGCGGGCAACAUCGACAUCUGGUGGAUCGUGCACGACGGCGGCAUGCUGAUGCUGCUCCCGUUCCUGCUGAAGCAGCACCGCACCUGGAAGAACUGCAAGAUGCGCAUCUUCACCGUAGCGCAGAUGGAGGACAACUCCAUCCAGAUGAAGAAGGACCUCAAGAUGUUCCUGUACCAGCUGCGGUUGGAGGCUGAGGUCGAAGUUGUUGAGAUGACGGACAGCGAUAUAUCUGCCUACACGUACGAACGCACACUGAUGAUGGAACAACGCAACCAAAUGCUGCGCGAACUCAGACUCAACAAGAAAGAGACCCUCGGAAUGAUGCAAAAUUUGGUGGACUAUAGUGAGCAAAACGCUGAGGAGAAGUUGCCACUGGUACAAGCGAUAGUGGACCACCACCACGCGGACGUGAAGUCGGCCAGCAAGGUGCGCUUCGCCGACGCCGCGCCCGCCGCGCCCGCCGCCGGCGCCGACCCCGCGCCCGCGCCCGAGCCCGCCGACGACGCGCCCAGCCCGCCGCUCGACGAGACGGAGAAGGACGACAAGGACGACUUUCGCAGUAGUUUGUUGCACAUAAUCGAUUCAAUGUGGGACUCGCCCGACGAACGCUCGCAGAGUGAGGAGGCGCCGCCGCCCGCCGCCAACCCCAACGGAGACGCCAUCAAGCCCAAGCCCAUGCCGAACAUUACGCCAGACGAGGGCACGGUCCGGCGGAUGCACACAGCUGUCAAGCUCAAUGAAGUCAUCGUGUCGCGGUCGCACGACUCGCAACUCGUCAUACUCAACUUGCCCGGCCCGCCGCGCGACACCAAGCUGGAGCGAGAGUCCAACUACAUGGAGUUCCUGGAGGUGCUGACGGAGGGGCUGGAGCGCGUGCUGAUGGUGCGCGGCGGCGGCCGCGAAGUCAUCACCAUCUACUCGUGAAGUGUCACCACCACAACUUUACCGCCGGCUCUCGGACUAUUAGCGCAAGGCGUUCGCGCCCUUAUGAAAAUCUUUGUGAUUCUAUCGUAACUGUUAGUGUUAUUUCAAGUUUCGUAAGGUUACAAUCGCAUAACUAUCCGCUACAGACUGCCGCUCGGCGUCGAGUCGUUGCGAUUGCGUUUAUUUGUACAUUGUAUGUAUUUUUUUACGAUGAUUGACGUUAUUCGUUUGACUUGUACAUGUUAGGUUAGUUGAGGUUAUGUUGAGUUUGCUUAGGGUGAUUUGGAGUUUAUUCACUGUUUUAUAGAGUAUGAGUGGAGUGUGAAUGUAACGAGAAGCCUUACUAUCGGUCACGGAGUGCUUUGAUUAGUUCUAAGUUGGUUACGUUGUAGACGCGGUAGGUAGCCCGAGGGAGUUACUUUCUGUACGUAUUAGUUGUUGUCGUAGGGUUAACUUCACCUUUCUAUUACGAACGGUUGUUUUCUAUUUUUUUAAUGAAUUGUUUUCUAUCAAAGUUGUAUAACAUAGAUAGUUUAUAGACGUAUACAUUUAUUAAAGAAUAAACUAUGAAUAUUUUUAUCUAUUUAAAAACGUAUUUUGUAAAUAAUAAUUCUGUUCUAAGGUUUUAUAUCUGCUCAACUUAAAACUUACAGUGGGACUGAAGCGUGAAAGCGACGUACCUAAUAAAUUCGUAUUUCGCAAUUUCCGAUCGAGUAGGAUUUAAAGUAUAUAAAGCUAUCUAGUCACUUUUUGACAUUAGUUACCUGAGACGAACGUCAACACACACACCAAUUCGAUUGCCUCUAUUCGUAUACACUGUUUGUUACCGAGUUGCGUUGAAGGGAAGGCCCGCGACCGCCAUGUGACGGGUCGUCGAGGGGAGGGGAGGACGCGCGGGGCGCCCCGCGCGUGAGGCGUGACGCGUGAAGCGCGCCGGGCCGCCCGCGCCGCAAUUAACCUUAGUGUCUAAACUUUGGAAACUUGUUACGCACAUUCGCGUAGGUAGAUGAUUUCUUACUGUGAUCGUUUGUAUGACAUUUUUGUCAUCUGAGCUUAUAAUUAUAAUUUUCAUUUGUCAUCGUUAGCCUUAGGCGAUCGAUCAAAAUUAACGACGCGGAGCGAACCGAGCCGCAAGCGUCGAGUGAUCUGUCAAUUUUGAUUUCCAUAACGCCACACGAUAUUCGUAAUUGGUAAUGACGAAGUUAGGUGACUGCCAAAUAGGACUCUGAUGUCUCUUAAUAAAAUAUCUUAGUCCCUAAGUGAUUAGGUACGUAUAUUCACUACCUAGAUUCUAAUGUGUCAUGGUUCAAAAUUUCAUAAGAUUAUAUCCCAAAGGCGUGUAAUAGUUUUAAGAGAAAUGUAUUACAUUAUACAUAUAUCACUUCUAUCGAUAAUAGGUAGAGGACUAGACGAAAUCUUAGCAGGACUUUGACUUGAAAACUUUGCUAAUAAACAUUAAUGCCAAAAGCAGUCGUAAGUCAUAAACCGUCUGUUUUAAAAAAGGCAAUAACUUCAUGCUCUAAAAUGCAUCUAAAAUGCAAAAUAACUAAAAGUAAGUGACGUGCUAAUUCGCAGAUUUGAGUGGAUUGUGCCACUAGAUCGGUUAAAAAUUGUUUUAUUUGCUAAAUACCAAAAAAUAUUAGAGUCAAACUCAAAGUUAGAGAUAGAUACGCACGUAAAUGCAGCCAAACCUACUUAGGAAGUAGCUGGAACCGACGGGUCGAACUGUACCUAUUGUAAAAGCGGUUUACGAUUAUUUUUCUAAACUGUAUCAAAGCGUAGCUCUGAAACCAUCGUAGAUAACAAAAAUAUUACUAACAUAAGUAAAAUUUUUCUUAUUAAAAAUAAACUUGCUAAAUAAUAAGAGAAGUAUAUUAUGUUAAGCUACUUAAGUUUGUGAUUGUGUUCUAUCACAUAGUGAUAAAAAAUAAACGGAACUUGUUUGGCAACACAUAUCUUCCUCCGAAAAUAGAAGAAAGUAUUUAAAAUAUAUACUCAAAUCAGUAUAAUACCUUUAUUAUUAUUAUAAAAUAUUUAUGCCUAUCAAUAGGUAAUGAAUAAUAAAAUUUAAAUUUAACCCUUAUUAAAAUAACUUUCGUAACAGACUACCUACGUAUAAAAAUAUUAUAUACAUUAUUUUUAAUUAUUAUAAAUCGAAUUUAUUACAUUAAAUUGAAUUAUACGUUUACGUAUUAGGCUGCGUUAUUCCUCUUUAUUAUACCAGCCUGUUUCGAUGCUUCCUCGAGGACUUCUGCCGAGACGAGGCCGGCGAGGUCGUCGAGUGGCUCGAGCCAGGCAUGUCAUGCCAUUCGCUGCGCAGUUGGUAUGCCAACUGCUAAUCCGCAAUAAACAUUCCUAGUUAACGUCGAAGCCACUACCGUUUCAUUAGACCCUAAUAGACGUCGCGAUAACUUUAAGUACCUAUAGGUAGAAGAUAAAAUCCGCGAAGUAAAAUAAUACCCAUGUGCCAAAGCUCACAUUAUUGGAAGGAAGGAUUCAGUGGCAAUACUAAACGUAGGAUAAUCUACCUAAUAAGUAGACUACUCGAACUGUACCACGGUAAUUGAAGGGAGGCGCCUGCGCGUUCAACGGAUCGACUUGUAGACGAUCAACCAACUUGUUAAAGAGUCACACCAACCUAGCCGCCGCCAUACGAUCCAAGUUACGUUCUCAUUUUAAAAGAACAUUCUGAAAAAACAUGACAUUUUACAUAAAUACCUAUUCAAGUAACAUCUAUUUCUGGUACUAUUACUUAAAUGAGUAGGUAGAAGUUUUGCACACAAAACUACUCGCUCUAUUUUCUUAGUAGGUACUUAUUAAAACAAGUUUUAGUAACGGUAACUAGUACCGGGCAGAUAUACAAUAAUGUUACGUACGUAAAAUGUGCCAAGUUUCAUGUAAUUUAAGCAUGUCGGUUUAAAAUGACAGUGUAACUUCGAUUGUAUGGGAGCUGCUUUUUCAAGAAAUAUACAAAACUACCUCUGCACAUGUAAGUAUAUUUACGCGGUGCUGUUUUCGCCAGUACCUUCUAUAUUAUGUAGGCCUAUCUAUGAUGUUGGCCCUUCAAUUACCUACGUCAUAGGUUAUGGGUAACGUUUACCUAUUUAUUCGUAAUAAUAGCUUUCAGGAUACAUGAGUGUUAGAAUUGUCACGGUAACUAAAUAGUCGUAUCGUAAUUCAAAAGAUUGCACAUAUGUAGUUAGGUACCUAUUUCAAAUAGAUUCAAGUCGUGUUCGUUGUUUCAAUCGUACGUUUAGCCUUAUUCGAGCCGUGUAACUCUGUCGAGUGAUUAAUCUUUGUAAUAUUACCUUGUUUAGAUUAGGCUGUGACCAGCGACACAUUCUUUACAAUUUGAUAUUCAGGCUAGAGUUGCUGUGAUACACCAUUAUGGCUAUAAAAUUAUAGAGUAGUCAUUUCUGGCUAUGGGUGAAGGAGGGUCGAGCGAGUUAAUGACGCCAGGUUAUCUGUGAUUUCUGCGAUGUAGUCCCCUACCCGCGCCCGCGCCCGCGCCCGCGCUCGCUGGCGCUUGUAUUGUAGCCCCAUCCUGAAACCCGUACGCCAUUCUGACUAUUGGGUUUUAAAUUCAUAAUUUCUCGCCUCAUUGUAAUUAACUUAUUGUAAGCAUUUUGAUCUGGAACGAGUUUUUAUUAGAGAAAAAGAAUAAUUCGAAUUGUAAAAGUUGUUUAAGAAAAUAUUAAAAUAUUUAAAAUAAUAAUUUUAGUGAAUUAGAAAGUGAGUAAAGUAAGGAGGAAAGUUAUAAUAAAUGUUACGAGUAUAAUGAAAUAAAUUAACGAUACAAUA